AUGAGUCUGGGAUUGCGUCAGCAACAAAUUCGAACGACAGCAUCGUCGGUUCUUGUGUUGAAUCUUGCCAUUGCUGACUUGUUCUACAGCGUCUUGUGUCUGCCUUUUAUUUUCACAAUAUACCUCAUCAUAUUCCGAUCAGAUCUGGAUCUCGAAGCUCCUCUAGCACAUGGAUUUGAGAACAAGUGUCAAUUUUCAGCUUUCUUCCGCUACACAACCUGCAUUUCCGAGUGGACCACCAUCGGGCUAAUGGCUCUCGAAAAAAGUAACCGUUUUCUUCCCUUUAGGUUCAUCACGAUCAGUCGAUAUGCUCGCUGGCAGAAAGGCGGCUACCGCUGGUUCACUCCCAAAAAGUCUGCGUGUUACUGCCUCUUGAUAUGGAUUCUGAGCAUUUGCAUGCAGAUGCCCACGCUCCUCGAGGUUGGUGCGUUUUUUGGCAAGUUUGGCUACAACGUAGACACAAUUAAGUGCGACUUCGUCAGCUCCGAAGGUCAAAGUUUCGGGAUGCGUGAUUUCUUCUUUCUGAUGGAGGCGCCCAUUCCGUGCGCUCUAAUCCUAGUGGGCUACAUCGCCAUCAUUGUGCGCAUCAAAAGCAGUACUCGGUUCAUGAAAAAAUUUGGGUGA